AUGAAGAAUUUGCCUGAGGAUUUAUCACGACUAAGGACUCUGGCGGUAUUCCCUGCUGCCGCCAAAGUCUGCAGUUACAAAGAUGAGUUGAGAUUUGCAAAAUAUGAUCUCCUGCGAGUGUUGGAUCUCAAGGAAUGUGCUGGUCUGAAGCAGAAGGAUCUCAAAGGUGUCUGCGGCCUGUUGCUGCUGAGAUAUCUCAGCCUCGGGAAUGCUAUUGGCAAGGUUCCGAAGAAAAUAAAGAAGCUGCAGCAGUUGGAGACCCUUGAGAUGAGGAGAAUCGAAGCCGUCGAGGUGCACCCGGACGUCUUUCAGCUACCCAAGUUGAAACACCUGCUUGGAAAAUUCCAGUUUCUAAACGGCACUACAGAUGGGAAGCUCUUGGCGGACGGUGACCAGCUGGUCCUGGAGACGCUCUCAGGAUUCGUCACUGACAAAUCCCAACGGUUUCCACAGCUGAUGCUUCAUCACAUGGGGCAGCUGAAGAAGGUGAAAAUAUGGUGCCAUCCCUCCACGAAUCAAGCAGACUUUGCCCAUGUUUCAGACGCCAUCAUGGCUUUCGUUAGUGACGGGAACCGCACGGUGAUCAGCGAUGAUGAUCGCUCCCUGUCCAUUGACUUUGCAGACUGCACCACAGAUUGUUCAGUGAGGCUCCUGGGCUCUCUGCAAACUCCGGGCAGACUUAAUUCACUCAAAUUGCAUGGAGACAUCCUGCAACAUUGUUUGCACAACAAGUUUGUCACAAAGCUGAGGAGUGUCCAGGAGCUGUGCCUUUCAGCGACCAAUCUAAGCGGAGAUGCAAUUCUAGACUGCACAAGUAAUCUGCGUGUGCUGAAAUAUCUAAAGCUGAUUGAACAUAACCUGGGGCCCUUCAACAUAAAGCAGGGGCACUUUCCAGGGCUGGAGCGGAUAUGCCUUGUGGGCGUGCAGGGGAUAACAAUCCAAGCUGGAGCUCUGUGUCGUCUCGUCUCGCUCCAUAUGCUCUCCGAAGCUCUACUUGCUCUUCCUGGGACUCCCGGCAUCGAAAUCGAACACAUGGCAGUACUCAAGGAAGUAGGUCUCGAUCCUCGAGUCAAUGAUGAGAAAAGAACUACAUGGCAAGCAGCUGCAAGUGGCCACCCUAAUAGGCCUGAGGUUCUGUUCAUUCAAGGCCCCUGA